AUGUCAGGGGCGGCAUCCGUGGAGCGCGUGAAGGACCGCGCCACCGGCCUCGACAAGUUCGUGCUCCGCGAGGCCCGGGGCAGCUCCGUCGAGGUAUAUUUAUAUGGAGGCCAAGUGACAUUGUGGAAAAAUAACUUCGGUCAGCAACUGCUUUUUGUCAGUAACAAGGCUACUUUUAAACCGCCAAAAGCAAUUCGUGGUGGCAUCCAAAUUUGCUUCCCUCAACUAGGUAACCAUGGAGUUCUUGAACAGCAUGGAUUUGCAAGGAACCGAUUUUGGAGUGUCGAUGAAAGUCCACCUCCUUUUCCAGUUGCUACUUCCAAUUGUCAUAUUGACUUGAUACUCAAGUCAUCUCAAGAGGAUUUGAAGAUCUGGCCACAUAGUUAUGAAUUUCGUCUGAGAGUUGCUCUUAGUCCAAGUGGAGAUCUUAUGCUUACAUCUCGAAUAAAAAAUAUCAGCUCAGAUAGCAAGCCAUUCCAAUUUACAUUUGCAUACCACACCUACUUUUCGGUGUCUGACAUCAGUGAAGUGAGGGUUGAAGGUUUGGAGACCUUGGACUAUCUUGACAACUUGCAAUCCAAGAAUCGUUGUACUGAACAAGGAGAUGCAGUUGUAUUUGAGUCUGAAGUGGACAAGGUAUAUUUGAGUGCUCCGCCAAAGAUUGUGGUCAUUGACCACGAGAAGAAAAGAACAUUUGUUUUGAGGAAAGAGGGACUUCCUGAUGUUGUUGUUUGGAACCCUUGGGACAAGAAGGCCAAAGCAAUGCCAGAUUUCGGGGAUGAGGAGUACAAAAACAUGCUAUGCGUGGGGGCUGGAGCUAUUGAGAAGCCAAUUACUUUAAAGCCAGGCGAAGAGUGGAUAGGAAAGCAGGAAAUUUCUGCUGUACCAUCUAGUUACAGUAGCGGACAAUUGGAUCCUGAACUGAUUCGUCGAAUGCACACAAUAUAA